AUGCUCCUUGUGUCCACCAUAUCCGCUGUGCCUGGGCCUUUUUCGCCCCUUAGCUCUCCCAGCAACAGCAGCCAGGAGGAGCUACUGGAUGACCGAAACCCAUUGCUAGUCCGGGCUGAACUGGCCCUGCUUUCUACCAUCUUUGUGGCUGUGGCUUUGAGCAAUGGCUUGGUGCUGGGAGCCCUAAUACGACGGGGCCGGCGUGGACGCUGGGCACCCAUGCACGUCUUCAUCAGUCAUUUGUGCCUAGCUGACCUGGCUGUGGCUUUGUUUCAAGUGCUGCCCCAGCUGGCUUGGGAUGCCACUGACCGCUUCCAUGGCCCUGAUGCCCUGUGUCGGGCCGUCAAGUACCUGCAGAUGGUGGGCAUGUAUGCCUCCUCCUAUAUGAUCCUGGCCAUGACGCUAGACCGCCAUCGCGCCAUCUGCCGCCCUAUGCUGGCAUACCGCCAUGGAGGUGGGGCUCGCUGGAACCGGCCAGUGCUGGUGGCCUGGGCCUUCUCACUCCUUCUCAGCCUGCCUCAGCUCUUCAUUUUUGCUCAACGAGAUGUGGGAAAUGGCAGUGGAGUGUUUGAUUGCUGGGCCAGAUUUGCAGAGCCCUGGGGCCUUCGUGCCUACGUCACCUGGAUUGCCUUGAUGGUGUUUGUAGCACCUGCCCUGGGUAUUGCUGCCUGCCAGGUUCUUAUCUUCCGAGAGAUUCAUGCCAGUCUGGUGCCAGGGCCAUCUGAGAGGGCAGGGAGGCGCCGCAGAGGGCACCGGACAGGCAGUCCCACCGAGGGAGCCCAUGUGUCAGCAGCCAUGGCCAAGACUGUGAGGAUGACAUUGGUGAUCGUGAUCGUCUACGUGCUGUGUUGGGCACCCUUCUUCCUUGUGCAGCUGUGGGCAGCGUGGGACCCAGAGGCUCCUCUGGAAAGACCUCCCUUUGUGCUGCUCAUGCUGCUGGCUAGCCUUAACAGCUGUACCAACCCCUGGAUCUAUGCUUCCUUCAGUAGCAGCAUCUCAUCAGAGCUGCGGAGCCUGCUUUGCUGUGCUCAGAGGCACACCACACCCAGCCUGGGGCCUCAAGAUGAGUCCUGUGCCACGGCCAGCUCUUCUCUGACCAAGGAUACACCCUCCUGA